AUCGAACUAAACCCAGUUUAUAGCAGCUAUUUUGUUGGUUUCGUGUGGUCGCCGAACGGCUGACCGUUAUAUUACCGGAGUGCGAUGUUUUAUCCCUUGCCGUUUAGUUUGUUGAUUUCUCGCAAUGCUUCCCCGGAACCGAAGACAUCAUCAGGCUAGUGUGUAGCUAAGCAUAAGCUUACACACAAGUCACCGGAUAUCGGUGAAACCGACAAGUAGAAGCCAUUUCCAUGGCUUCAUCUCCGUCUCCGUCGUCUCUCUCUCCUCCUAAAGUCCCAAUGGAGCUCCACGUCACAAACCGCGAAAAGCUCCUCAAAUCUCUCCGUCAACACCUUAUUGAAAUCUCUCGUCCUCUCCACGGAUUCGUGUUUCUUCGGGGAGGCGAAGAAAAAAUUCGCUACUGUACUGAUCAUAUCGAACUCUUCAGGCAGGAGAGUUAUUUCGCGUAUCUGUUUGGAGUAAUAGAGCCUGGUUUCUAUGGAGCAAUUGAUGUUGCAACUGGGAAAUCUAUUCUCUUUGCUCCAAGGCUACCUGCUGAUUAUGCUGUUUGGCUGGGAGAAAUAAAGCCGUUGUCUCAUUUUCAGGAAAAAUACAUGGUUAGCAUGGUUUAUUAUACAGAUGAAAUUGUAGCAGUUCUGAAUGAACUCAGCAAUGGAGUUGAGAAACCUCUAUUAUUUCUCUUGCAUGGACUUAAUACUGACAGUAAUAACUUUUCUAAACCAGCAGAAUUUGAGGGGAUAGAAAAGUUUGAGACAGAUUUGACUACAUUGCAUCCUGUUUUGACUGAAUGUCGUGUUUUGAAAUCCAAACUAGAGCUUGCCAUUAUUCAAUUUGCUAAUGACAUAAGUUCUGAAGCUCACGUUCAGGUUAUGAGAAAUACUUGGGCCGGCAUGAAAGAAUAUCAGUUGGAGAGUAUAUUUCUUCACCACACCUACAUGUAUGGUGGCUGUAGGAAUUGCUCUUACACAUGUAUCUGUGCUACGGGUGAAAAUAGUGCUGUACUCCACUAUGGGCAUGCAGCAGCUCCAAAUGACAGGACUAUGCAAGAUGGAGAUAUGGCAUUGUUUGAUAUGGGAGCUGAAUAUCAAUUUUACGGCUCGGACAUAACUUGUUCAUUCCCAGUGAAUGGAAAGUUUACUGCUGAUCAGUCUAUUAUAUACAAUGCUGUUCUCUGUGCUCAUAACACUGUUAUAUCUGCAAUAAGACCUGGAGUUAGCUGGUUAGAUAUGCACAAAUUAGCAGAAAAAAUAAUUCUUGAAUCAUUAAAGAAAGGGUGCAUUCUUGUUGGCAAUGUAGAUGAUAUGAUGACAGAGCGGUUGGGUGCUGUUUUCAUGCCUCAUGGGCUGGGGCAUUUCUUGGGAAUUGACACUCAUGAUCCUGGUGGCUACUUAAAGGGACCAGAGAAAUCAAAGGAACCAGGAUUGAGAUCUUUACGUACUGCCCGAGAACUUGAGGAGGGAAUGGUGAUAACAGUGGAGCCUGGUUGCUAUUUCAUAGAUGCUGUGUUGGAACCAGCCAUUGAGAGUUCAAAUACUUAUAAGUUUUUCAAUCGUGAGGCAAUUGGCAGAUUUAAAGGUUUUGGUGGGGUUCGAAUCGAAAGUGAUGUGCACGUCACUGCCAACGGAUGCAAUAACAUGACUAAGUGUCCUCGAGAGAUUUGGGAGAUUGAAGCAGUGAUGGCAGGAGCACCAUGGCCACUUGACAAGGCUUCAGGAUCUGGCGGAGAGAACAAGACUAACAAUGGACCUUCUUGUUGAUAACUAUUAACUAGUGUUAGAGAAAUGCUCUCAUGUGUUCGUUAGGUCUUUCGUGUGAACUAUUUUCGUCUGGCAUGACAAAUAAAGGCAUUGUUUUGAACCAAAUGCUUACAAGGUAUUCCAAAACAUACUGCUCAAGGCACGCUGUUGCCCAACUGAAAACUAAAUGGAAAUGUGAAUACAAAUAAUUUCUAAAAAUAAUUUUUAUUCAAACUUUAGUUAGUUUGUUCAUUA